AUAACAGUCUUAACGCCGCAUAAUUCAACCAGCUCUCGUUUUUGGUGUUUUAGUUUAAAUACUUUCCAGUAAAUAAGACUGUUAUUUUUGAUGUACUAAUCAACAACUCAAAUGUUCAAGAAUUUGCCUCUUAAUUGAAAUGAGUGUAUUUGAACGUCUUCAACAAAAAUUGGCCAAAUGUUCCACAUCUUCUCGCGGUCAAGAAACUGCACAGAUUUAUCAUAAAAAUAAGUCAACUUCAGAACAAGCUAUUUUUUUGGAUGGUGUAGUUACAACAACUGAUGAUCGUUCAACAACAAAUACCCUUCCAUUAUGCCAUAAUCAUUCACAAACUUGGAGUGUUGAAUCUCAUAUGGCUUCCAAGAUAGCUAACAGCUAUUCAAACCCAUCUCUGCACACAGUUGGAACAGUUAAUUCCAAAGGUAAUGCAACUCCAGAUACGGAAAUUGAUGUGCCCAAGUCAAAUUUUAGUCACAGUCAAGAUCAUUUGAAUACACCCAGUAAUAGUUCAUAUCAACGUCAACCACAACAACCUAGAAGAAAACGAGCAAAAACCCCGGUUAGUUCUUUCUAUCGUGUUAGCAGUGAUGAUGAUUGUGAUACAUGCGAUGAAGAUGAAGAAGAUGAUGUUGAAAAUAAUAAUAAUAAUGAAGAAUACCUGGAUCAGUGUGACGAUUUAAUUACCAAACAAUCUGCUGCAUUUGAACGUAGAUCACAACGUCUACGUCGUAGUAUUGACCGGGCUAAAGCAGCUUUACCUGCUGAUUUUGCUGAUCGUAUUGAGAUCUCAGAUUCACUUGGUGAUUUACCUAACCAAGAAUCGUCUAGUGGGGCACAACUUCAGAAACAUCAUCGGAGUGUCAGUAAUCUUGGUGUAGAUUUAACUGAUCAAUUAAGCAAUCGUGAUUCAGAUUCUGAAGAAAAUGUAAAUAAUAGUAAUAAUGUAAAUGGACACUAUGAAUCUCAAGAAACCUCAAACUCAAAUGAAAAUCGUACGAAAUCAAUUAUAAAAGAAGAUAAAUAUUCAGAAGUUAGUGAUACAUUCAAAAUGAAAUCAACUGAUUUAGUAAUACCAAAUGAGUGGAUGUACUUGGAUCCCAGUGUUGAUGUUCACAAUAUGUAUGGCUACAAAUCUACGAAUAUUCGUGUAUUUAUAAAAGGGGAAAAUGCCAAUACAACAACUACUACUAUUACUACACCUAAUGAUCAUUUUGAAAAGUCUGAAGCAUCAACCGAUUCUAGCUUACAAACUGGAAUUUACUGGCAUCCAGGUCCACCUCAGCCGUUGUCUGAAUUGAUGUACGAGUUUCGUUCAGGUAGUCCAGGAACAACUUAUUUGAUCAAAGCUAUUUGCAAACGUUCUGGAUGUCAUUGCGCCUUAAGAAAUUAUGACAGUCUCAUGUUAUAUCCAGUACCAGAUUCAACACUGGCCUCUGCAACUUGGGAAUUAUGGACAGCUAAAGACAAGAAUCCACGUUUUCCUACCUCUUCCUGUGAAGUUCAAUCAAAAUUAAUUCUUUUUCGACAAUGUCGAGGAUGGUAUGAAGUUUUGAAUGAGAAUCACCAGCCAACUCCUCAUAUAACAACACUUGAACAGGUGAGGCGCACCAGAGCUUCAACUUUCAUUGUUCGACAGGACAUGCGUUGUUUAGUCGCACCUCCAAAUUUAAUCAUACCUUCUUCAGAUGAAAGAAGAGACUUAAAUGAUGAUACUUCACCAUAUUCAAUACCAUCAAGUCUGGUUACAUUGGCAUGUUCACCAGAAACAUUGGCUAAUUCAAAACCGGAUUUUGUUCGUGCUGGAACACUUCUACGGUUUAUCGCUUAUCUACCUCAAUGCUCAGUUAAACGUGGAAAAAAAACCAAGGAUUUAGGCCUUGUACUAGCAGUUGAACGAUCCAGUUGUUCGAAACAACCAUCCAUUCAUUCCGAUCUACUCCCGGUUAGACCUCUUUCACGUACUAUUUACCUUGGCGUAGAAGAUUCUACACCUGCAGUGUUUCCUCCUAAACUCUCCUUAAGUGUUAUCGCUGGGCCAGAAAAUAUUUCUGGAGUUCAUUUGUUAUCUGGUCUACUUCGUAAAUUCCGCUUACCUUUGUCAGUUAGACCCAUACCUUUACCAGACUCUUAUAACUAUACAAGCAACACAUCAUCUAUGAGACGUCCAUCACUUAUGAAUAGUAAUCCCAAAGUAACUUGUGGUCUAGUUGCUGUUCAACCACUUUCAUUCACUGAAAAACAUUUUUUAAGAUUACACUCUUUAUAUAGAGGUGAUAUUUUAAUUAUUGCUCCAGUGUCUUCACCAGAACGUUUGUUUUUGAUUACACCAUCAAUGUUACGUGAUCAUUCAUUUCAAACUGGUUAUACGCAUGACCCAACUUAUGCUCUUUCCAUGGAAAAUCAUCGUAUACAAGCAUGCAAUUUUCUAGCUAUUGCUCAUGCUCAAGAAACACUCAAUUAUUUAGUUCGGCAUAUGCAAGAUAUAACACGUGAGCCUCGUGAUUCUUAUACGUCCCGUCAACAAGCGAAACAACGAAGUGAUUUGAUGCCAACUCCAGAAUCUUAUAUGACACAAGAAGAAAUUUACAAAACAUACGAUGAAAUUGAUGAUAUCUACUUUUAUAUUCGCCAUGGUUAUUAUCCAUCAAAAAUACGUAAACCAGAUGAUCUAAACAAUAAAAUAGAUUCUAUAUCUAAUACUAAGUUAAAAGCUCAUAAAUAUUCCACUAAUUCAUCACAUACAUCAGAUGACAUGCCUGGAAAAAUGAAUUGUCAAAAAGAUGGUGGAUUAUCCCGUUCGAAUAUGGCAACAGCUGAAGACUUACUUGCUGCUUCGCUGCACACACCUUCACAUCAUGACUCAACUAUACCACCGCAACAACCUAUUAGUCUAACUAGAUCAUCAAACAAUAAUAAAAUUGUUAGUUCAAAUCAACAUAAUAUCAAUAACAUGAUUAAUGCCACGUUGGCCACUUUAGCCAGUUCAACAUAUCGUGUACAGCCAAAAGAAUAUGGAAUAUAAUAAGGUAUUAUUUAAUAGUUGGGAGACAGUAAAGAACUUGAAAUUCUCUCCGUUCCUUUCAGCAGAAAUAAUUUUUCUUAGAACAUUUUUCUGACUUUAUUCUGUGUAAUCACUUAUGUAUUCGUUUGCUGAAAAGUGUAUACAAACAAAUAAUCGCAUUAUCUUAUCUAAUUAAUGUCUCUUCAUAUUUGAAAUUUGUAACUGUUACUAUGAUAUCUAUAAAAAGCUCUAAGGACUAAUAUAAACAUUCCACCCAUCUGUUCAUCCAACCAACUCUCCUUCCUUCUUUUCUUUGCUUCAUGAUGUAAACGGUAUUUAUAUUCCUUUUUGAAAAACAUUAAUUUUUGGCUGUUGUAUUUGCAAACUUUUGCUUAUAAGUUGCCUUUUUUUCCUUUCAUUAACUAUUCCUAUCACUGCUAUAUGAACAACUUUUUUCAAACGUUAUGAAUCUGAUCUAUCCAAAUUCUCUUUCAAAUAUAUAUAUCGGGGGAGAGAAAGAGUGAUCCGUUUUACCUAAAUCAAUGUUUAUAAUUAUUUUUCAUUAGUCUUGAGGAAUUUACACGACCAUUAAACUCUAUGUGACACUAGUUUUAUCAUGUUAUGUAUGGUUGCAGUUGUUUUCCAAAUAAACAAGCAAAAAAACCCUAGUACUCAAAGUUCUUGACCGAUUUAUUUCAAUGAUAAAAAUUCCUAUUUGUGUUUUAAUGAUCUGUAUUGGAACAAUUCAUAUCUGUAAUUAAUAAAUAAACUUAGUUUAUCUAUUGUCAUGAUUGUUCAAUGAGAAAAGGAUUCCAUGUAUCAUCAUAAAAUUCCCUUUAAAUUUUGUAUAUAAAAUAAUAGUGUUUUUUUAAAAAUAUAAAUUUAACUUAUCUGUCCAUAUAUUUUAUCUAUUAACUUCAGUGAAUGACAAUUGUGUGUUUAAGUCACUUGUCUAAAUUGUCAUUCCUUCUUCUCAUUACGUUUUGUCCUGUCAUAUUUGUUCCGUAUUGUUUUGCUUCUUUGAAACAUUACUACUUUUUAAAAAAAAAAUAUUAGAAUGCUUAUUUUACUACUUUCCCUUUGUCUAAUCUUCAUUUCAUCUUGCAACAUUGUUUUGUGGUGAUUUUGAUAAUUUAACUGGUUUUGUUUUCUCUCUUGUUAUCUAUUUGACUUCGUAUUCAAUAUUUUCAGUGUAGAAAUACACGUGAUUAGAUUCAAAGUAACUCUGGUUAGUCAAUCAAUGAUUAUUGUCCACUCCAUCAUCUUCGUUUAUUCCUAACUUUCACUGCUCUUUCUUUCGUUGUUCGUUAUGUAUCUUCUUUUCUUCCUAAUAAUAUAUUUCGUAGGGAGUGCGUUCUCUAUACGUGUGACUGAUGAUUGAUAAGUGUAUUUCUGAGUGAUGAUAGUUUCUUUCUCUCUUUGUACUUUGUACUUUUCCGUAUAAGAUAGGCAAUUUUAUCUUAAUAUUUGUGUAAUUAAUCUCUUCGGAUAUCGUUGUUUAUUUUGCUUGUAUUCACAUUGUUUUUCGAAUUACAUUAUUUGUCUUUUUC